UUUUACAGCAUAAGCCCGGUAAGAUUUGGUACCCAUGGAGCCACAUGGAAACUUUAGUGUAGCAACCUCUUACUACAUGUACGUUUGUAUAUUGGUAGUCGGUAUGUAUUUACCUAGGUGGCUAGAACAAGACGGGUUGAAAAGACCCUGGAAAAAUACGAAAACGAGGCGAAUAAUAUUAAAACCUCGUUCCAUCCUGUUUAUCGAUUUUCUUCUCCUCCUAGUUUCAGCCCAGCGAAUGUUGGCUUACUACCUACAUAGUCGAGGCUCUUUCUUACUCUCCUUAUUUCCUCUACGACGCCUCUCCACUAUCCUGGGUUUAAUACUUCAUAACGGGACGGACAGAUCGUCUUUUUAUUUUCUAACCUCACUAUUUUUAACCUUAAUCUUAUCUCCGUUAUAAUUAUCUCCGCCAAACUGUGCUAUAUCCGUGUCAUUAUCACAAAUCUUAUAGCUGAACAACCCCUAUCGCUACCCAAAUAGGAAAUCAUCUAGAAACAGGUAUCUAUUAUCU